AUGUUGAUGAAUGUGCAACUGGAAAUGGGAACCUUUGCAGAAAUGGCCAGUGCGUCAACACGGUGGGGUCCUUCCAGUGCAGGUGCAAUGAGGGCUACGAGGUGGCUCCCGAUGGCCGGACCUGUGUGGAUAUCAAUGAAUGUGCUCUGGAUCCUGGGAAAUGUGCGCCUGGAACCUGUCAGAACUUGGAUGGCUCCUACCGAUGCAUUUGCCCGCCUGGGUAUAGUCUACAGCAGGACAAAUGUGAAGAUAUCGAUGAGUGUGUUGAAGAACCCGAAAUCUGUGCCUUGGGAACCUGUAGCAACACCGAGGGAAGCUUCAAAUGUCUGUGUCCAGAAGGGUUCUCCCUCUCCUCAACUGGAAGAAGGUGCCAAGAUCUGCGAAUGAGCUACUGUUAUGCGAAGUUUGAAGGUGGAAAGUGUUCAUCACCCAAAUCCAGAAACCAUUCCAAGCAGGAGUGCUGCUGUGCUUUGAAGGGAGAAGGCUGGGGAGACCCUUGUGAGUUGUGCCCCACUGAGCCAGAUGAGGCUUUCCGCCAGAUCUGCCCCUUCGGAAGUGGGAUCAUCGUGGGCCCUGAUGACUCAGCAGUUGAUAUGGAUGAAUGCAAAGAGCCUGAUGUCUGUAAACAUGGACAGUGUAUCAACACAGAUGGUUCCUAUCGCUGCGAGUGUCCCUUCGGUUACAUUCUAGAAGGGAAUGAAUGUGUGGAUACUGAUGAAUGUUCCGUGGGCAAUCCUUGUGGAAAUGGGACCUGCAAGAAUGUGAUCGGAGGUUUUGAGUGUACCUGUGAGGAGGGAUUUGAGCCCGGUCCAAUGAUGACAUGUGAAGAUAUAAAUGAAUGUGCCCAGAACCCUCUACUCUGUGCCUUCCGGUGUGUAAAUACCUAUGGGUCCUAUGAAUGCAAAUGCCCUGUUGGAUACGUUCUGCGAGAAGACAGGAGGAUGUGCAAAGAUGAGGAUGAGUGUGCAGAGGGAAAACAUGACUGUACUGAAAAGCAAAUGGAGUGCAAGAACCUCAUAGGCACCUACAUGUGCAUCUGUGGCCCUGGGUACCAGCGAAGGCCUGAUGGAGAGGGCUGUGUCGAUGAGAAUGAGUGUCAGACCAAGCCCGGGAUCUGUGAGAACGGGCGUUGCCUCAACACCCUGGGGAGCUACACCUGUGAGUGUAACGAUGGCUUCACAGCCAGCCCCACGCAGGAUGAGUGCCUGGACAACCGGGAAGGGUACUGCUUCACAGAGGUUCUACAGAACAUGUGCCAGAUUGGCUCAAGCAACAGGAACCCCGUCACCAAGUCCGAGUGCUGCUGUGAUGGAGGGAGAGGCUGGGGACCCCAGUGUGAGAUCUGCCCUUUCGAGGCCACUGUGGCUUACAAGAAACUGUGUCCUCAUGGCCGAGGCUUCAUGACCAAUGGAGCAGAUAUUGAUGAGUGCAAGGUUAUUCACGAUGUUUGCCGGAACGGGGAGUGUGUCAAUGACAGAGGGUCCUAUCAUUGCAUCUGCAAAACUGGCUACACGCCGGAUAUCACAGGGACCGCCUGUGUAGAUCUGAAUGAGUGCAACCAGGCUCCCAAUCCCUGCAAUUUUAUCUGUAAAAACACAGAGGGGAGUUACCAGUGUUCCUGCCCGAAAGGCUACAUUCUGCAAGAGGACGGACGGAGCUGCAAAGGUGAGGGACUUGGGCUUCGUCUACUCGCCUGCCACAG